GCCUGUCCAGAUGGACGAACAGAACCAAAAAAAAAAUCUCUUUGCUUUGGACUGAUUGAUGAGGGAAAAUUUGAGCGAAUGUUUAAUUUUUUAUUUCUUACAGUUUCUAAAGGUAAAAAUAUAAUUAAUGGGAAUGUUUAUGUUAUUUAUAAAUAUUCUGUAGAUACGUACAUAGGAAAACUUUGUCAAAUUUACCAAUUUAGUUGAACAUAAUGGAGGAAGACGAUCCUAUAGUUCAAGAGAUUCCUGUAUAUUUAUCAGAAGCUUUAGCGCAUAAUCUCUACGUAUAUCAAUAUCCGGUCCGGCCUGCUUCUAAAGAUUGGAAAGACUCAAAAGUUAUAAAUGCGUGUGUAAAACCAAAAAAUAAAUUAGUUCGCAUGGAAAUUGGACUAGACGCAUACAGUGAUAAAUAUUGUGCUUCGAAAGGCGAACAAAUAGCGAUUAACACAGACGGCUUACAAGGUUUUAUUAAGGAUAAGGAACUAGACAAGAACAGGUAUUUUAAGGCUGAUGUUAUGGAUAAAAUUGUUUAUGAAAGUAAUGUCCCAUGUGUGGAUACACACCAUUAUGCUGUUGGGUUACUCCAGGAUAAGGAACUGCAUAUUACACCUAUCCAAGGAAUUAUACAGCUGAGACCAUCAUGUUCAUAUUAUGAUAAAACAGACAAAAAAAGUCAAGAAAAAAAAGAGUUGGAUGGUUCUGAAGAAGAAGAGAAGGAACUGGAACCCACACAGGUGAAAGUGAAAUUUGCUCGAAAAGAGACAGAAGUAGCUAAAAAAGCAAGAGAGAAGUCAUAUCAAUCGAUUUCGCAGAAGAUAUCAGAGGAGCCGUGGUAUGAUGCACUCUGGAAGAGUUCCAGCAGUGAUCAGGCAGAGUUGGAACGUUUAAAACUAUACAGUGGCACAACAGUUGAUGGUUCGGCACUUACUUUGGGAGUGCAUGAAUACAUGACAGACCUGGUACCUCCAACCCCUGAAGAUAUUGAAGUUCUGCCAGAGAAGAACCUUAUUCUUCAAGAUCGAAUUAAGGAGUUGCUUAUUUCUGCAAACCUGAUGUCGUUUGCGGAGAUUCUGGAGGCGUUGGGCGGUGCUCCGAAUGUGGCAGAUUCGAGUGUGGUGAGCGCUCUGAACAGCUCCUCGUGCUGCGUACGCGGUCUCUGGACUCCGCGCUCUGAUAACCUUUACACCAGAGCUGCGCCCGUACCGCCGGCGCUCAUGUGCGCCGCCAGGGAUCACGUGUUAUAUCUAUUCACUCAACAUGCUUAUGUAGACCGGCGGAAGAUCACAGCUUCGGUCCGCCUACCGCCUGAUGUGGUACUGGAAAUACUCAAACCCAUUGCAAAGCUGAACCCUAACACUGGAUGGGAGUUACUUAUACCACCAGAUGUUAGCUUCGAAGCCAAGUACCCAGAGAUUGUGCAUCGGCAGAACCUCUAUUGGGAAGGUCGACAGAGGCAGUUCAAUGAGGCGUUAAUGGAAGAGUUCGUACCUAAACGACAGAGGAAGAAGUCGCAAAGGGACUCCUUUAGUUCAGAUACGAUGAUGAGUCCAAAGCAGAGGUGUAAUAGUUUUAGUGAAGAAGAGAGUGAUAGGAAAAGACUCAAGAAUAAGUGUGGAGCUGGUGGUGGAAAGAGAACACGCAACGUGAGUGGAAGCAAUCACGAUGCGACUGUGGCCAUGUGACCCAGGCAUAUGGAUUUUUUUGUAAUGAAGAGGUGAUAGAGACAUUUCAGGUUAACGUAAUAAAUUUACGGCCUUUCUAAUAAGCUUGGUAUAAAGUUAUACCUUAGAAUAAACCAAUAAUAUGCAAUUUUUUUUACUAUAUCGCUGAUAACACUGAACAUGCGCAAUAUCUAGUAGGCGCCGUAGCUAAUGAAAUAACUGGGCAAAUGAGACUUAACAUUUUAUGUCUCAAGGUGACGAGGGCAAUUAUAGUGCCGCUCGGGACUUUAGGGUUUUUCAAGAAUCCUGAGCGGCACUCCGUUGUAAUGGGCAUGGCGUACAUAUGACCAUCAGCUGAACGUACUGCUCGUCUCGUCCCUUACCACAAAAAGCAAUCAAUUGGGUGAUAUCGCGCAUGCGCAGAAGACAAUUUCGCGCCAUUUUUAAGUUUUAUCAGCACUUAAAUAAAUAUAUUUUUAUUUAUUCUAUUGUUGUUAAUUGUAGAAAAAGUACUGAAUACACAUAAUUAGACGUAAGUUUGUAACACUUGUGUUGUCUAUUGUGCCAUUCGGCUUUGGCACUAAAUAUUAGCCAAAUAUUGUGAUUUCUUUUGAGUGUAAAUUCUGCUAAGUUUUGUCUUCAAUCAAUUCUGGCUAGAAGGAAGAAGAGCAAGAAUUUGGUGAUUCAACAUCUGAGGAUGCCUCGUGUAAAGGUGAUAAUUAUGGAUAUCCGCAAAAUAACGUCCAAUUCAAUAAAAAAUGGUAAAUAUUAGCACUUAUGUUACAAUAGCAAUCACUACUUCGUAGUGACAUAAAUAACUAUUUUAAUUUACAUUAUUUUUAUUAUGUUUUUUCUCGUUAUUGCAUCUGUAUGGAACCAUCAGGAGUUUUAAAAAUAAUUUCAUGAACUAUUUAUUGUUUUUUUAAAACUUAAAGUUUUAGAGAAACUAGUUCUCCCAACAGAUGUAAAGCUAAAUAUAAAAAAUGUUAUUGUUUUAUGUUAAAUCGAUAUGAAAUAUGAAAUCAGUUAACAUCAAAUCAAGAAUAUUUUUUUAGGGAUUCAACAUGAAAAUAUAUUGGAAAUAGAAUCAACAGAAUAUUUUAAAAAUAUAAAAUAAUCAUUUGUGUUAGAAUUUUCUUCUACUUUCAUUAUAUAUCAAGUUAUUUAAUUAUAUUAGUUAAUUAUAUAUUAAAAUGUAUAUUAAAUCGUUGUGUAAGUGUCAUAGUUUCAUUGUCAUACUGUUAGAUAGUUGUAUAAACAUUGUUUAGACUUUCGAAAUUAAAAUUUAAGUUUUUGUUUUUCAAUAUUAGAUUUAUACAUCACAUAUUUGAAGCUGUAUUCUAACACCAAUUUGGUUUAGAGCCUGAAGUAACAGAUCGGAGAACUCAGGAAUCAGGAAAAACUCAGGGUCUAUCUUUUUUAAAUUUUCUAUUUAUCCAAAUACAUAUUUUACAAAAUGUGAACAAACCUCAUCAUACAUUGUAAAAACCACAGAGGUUUGACCUCAAUGCAUUAUCUUAGUUUACCCCUCAUUUCAGUUUUUUACAAAAUAAAUAUAAUCUUAACAUUAAAGUUAACCUACAUACAAUUAUUAAUAUUUAUAGAAAGUAACAAUUGGCUACAAGUAUAUUAAUUACAUACAAGAAAUCAACAAUAGAUAAUAUGUACCUUACCAACAUUUAUUUCAACACGAAGCAAGCAAAAACAGAUAAUUCAAACAUAUCCCAGGCAUUCCAUGACCAUCUUAUUAAUUACAAAUGCGAUCAAAGAUUACCUAGGAAAUAUUCCUUUAGUUUUUGUUUAAUAUUUUUAUGGGUCACAAAUUGGACAAAAAUGAGGGUAGUUGAUUAAUUAGGUGAGGAACAAUAUAGCUUGUUGUUCUCUCACCGUACAAGUUGUUAGCUCGCUCAGUGCGCAACCGGUGUGAAGUUAUCACCCGCGUAUGUAUAGGGUGUUCCAUUUUUAUGCGUAGAUUUUCGUUGAAGAAUUUAUUGUUUAAGUAUUGUGUAUUUAAAGAGUUCCUGUAUCGGUAAUGUUUUGCAGUGUCUAAAUAUACCUAGUUCAUUGUUUUCAUAUUUUUGCUUGAUAGAACCUGAGACAAUUGUUUUUAAAAUUUUUUGUUGUAGUUUAUAUAUAUUAUUAAGAUAGGUAUUGUAAGUACGACCAUAACUACUGAGACCGUAUUGUAUAUAAGUUUGUGCGAAGCUGUUAUAUAACAUUAAUUUUAUUUUGAAAGGCACACGAUGCCUUAAGAUAGUUAUAUUUGCGAGAAAUUGCCUUAACUUGUUACAUACGCGAUCGAUGUGUUAAAUUUGCAGUCAAUAGUUAGCCGGAGAUAGGUAUAGUUAUCAAUUAAUUCAAUAAUAGGACAGCUAUGAGCAUGGUGACUAGGCCCGUGUAAACAGUUGUGCUUGUGAGCUAGUAGUGUGUAAAUAUAUAAUAUGAAGCACAAAUAAAUCUUUGUUAUGAAAUAGUAUAGCCUCUACCUAACAUAUGGUAUUGUUUAAGUCAAAAACAACAUCAUUACAAAUCACCAGUGGGAGGUUCCACAUCGGCGCCUUUUUCUGCCGUGAAGCAGUAUUGUGUAAACAUUACUAUGUUUCGGUCUGAAGGGCGCCGCAACUUGUGAAAUUACUGGGCAAAUGAGACUUAACUUGUGAAUUUUUGUGGAUUUUCUAGAAUCCUGAGCGGCGCUGCAUUGCAAUAGGCAGCGCGUAUCAAUUACCAUCAGCGUCCUGCUCGUCUCGUCCCUUAUUGUCAUAAAAAAACAUUGUUUGGUUUGUAACUAUUAUCUAUAAAUUAUAUUUAUCUAUAAAUCUUUAUCUAUAUACCCAUUCUUAAAUCGAUGUUUGCCAAACACAAAUUGCGGCCCUGUAUAGAUAUACUGCUAUUUAAUGUCUAAUAUUUAACUGCGUUUGAUUCCUACGCUACUGCUGUUUUGUAUAUAUAUAUAUAUAUAUAUAACGAGGAUGUAAAAAUAUGUUUAUUGUGUAAUUAAUUCCUGUGUAAGAAUGUUUUAUGGUUGGUUAAGUUAUUGUAAUUUGUUUUUUAUAUGAAUAAAAAUGUAUGUGCAUUUA